AUGGCGAUGGAAACUCCCGCUUGUCUCGCCAUGAUCCCGACCUAUCUCGCUCUAAACCCCUGUGACACGGCUCGCAUUACGGCAUGGGAUGAAUACCAGAAUGGCAACGCAGCAGCGAGAGAAUUGGGACUGCAAAAGCUCGAUUACUACGCGUAUUCCGUUUGUGAACAGAGUUGCGAUUGUAUUCCGCAAGUGAACGCUGUCCCUGACCAACGCAUUGUGCACACGGGACGGGGAAACUGUCCAGCACACACCUUCUACGACAUUUGCAGAGUACUCCCCAAAGUCAAGCUCAUCAUUGGAGAAGGCACCACGAACGAUGAUGUGACCUCGUAUCCCGAAGCCUGCGUCGGAGUGGGCAAUUGGUUCCGUAGUCCGGCUUCCAACAAUUGGGGCCAAAACCCUAACACGCCUUUGGAGCCAGCCAUUACAUACUUCUUGGAUCGCCUGGUGGAAUCGACGGAACUCACCAAACCAGCUUCGACGCUUUGGGAUGAGUGCUUUCAUCUGGAAACCAGUCAACGUCGCAUUACCCAAGCCGAACCGGAUUGGAAUACAAUCGCCACCAAUGGAAAUCCCAUUUCCCGGCACGAAGCCUGCUUUGUUUCCGUUGGUCAAAAAGGAUAUCUACUGGGAGGGCGAAGUGCCGUGGGCGUGAGCGUAUACGACUUUCGGACCAGAUCGUGGUCGAAUUUACCCCGGACGUUGGACGUUGUGUUGCAUCAUGCACAGUGUGUUGUAUUGGACGGAAAAAUAUGGAUGGUGGGGGCCUGGACGGGGAGAUUUCCGAGGGAACCCAACGCGGAUAAGUUCUACGUCUACGACCCCGCAACCAACUCGUGGGAUGACACUCGUGCAAUCAUGUCGGACCAACGUAAUCGGGGUAGUGCCGCUGUUGCCCUGUACAAUGGCGAGAUUUACGUGUCGCACGGAAACCGAGGUGGUCACAACACCAAAGCUCUCGUACUCGGUUUAUUUGACGUGUACAAUCCGGCGACCAACACGUGGAGGGCACUACCGGACGCGCCUAACCCACGCGAUCACACCGGCGGUGGUAUCUUGACGGACUCCUCCGGUGAUACACUCUUUUGCGUGUCUGGUGGACGAGAUUCUAGCCAUCCUGUUUUCUUUAACGAGUUCGUCCUACCGACCGACUGCUACAAUUUUCAAUCGGAAGAAUGGGAGGUACGCGCAAACAUUCCGACACCCCGUGCAGGUUCAGCGUACGGCAUUACAUGUGACGGGCGGCUCAUGGUAGCAGGUGGGGAAGGGAAUGAUGUCGCGUGGGAUACAGUGGAGGUCUUCAACGGAGAAGUAUGGGAAACAUUUCCCAGUCUGAAAACAGCAAGGCACGGUACUGGGCUCGCUAUGGACUGUGGAUGUUCCCAAAUUCACAUAGCCAGUGGCUCAGGUAAACAAGGUGCUUUCGAUUUGGCCUCGACGGAAACGUUUUUUCUCCAAGGUGUUGACGAAUCAUGCAGUUCCUCACCAAUUCCGGUACCUACCAAUUCCCCUCCACCUCCGACGCCGGCAGUACCAACGAUGCCGCCGACAAUAUCGCAGGUUGUCAACAACGAAACGAGUACAGUGCCCUCACCUAUAGCGAUAGCUCCAACCGCUGCCCCUCUUACUCAACCCACCAGUAACCCCGUCGAAGUAUCGGAUUUUUCACUUUUUAUCAAUGCGGGUCAGAACAAUCAGGACGUUACUGACGGCAGCGGAAGUACCUGGGUUUCGGAUCGUUACGCCAACCGAGGAAACCUUUUUAAAACGAAACUCAACAAUCCGAUCCUCAGCAUGCCCAACCCUGGCAUGGAAGAAGUGUACCGGAGCUCGCGCUGGUUUAGUGGUACAGAUUUUACUUACACUAUUCCGAGUCUCGAACCAGCUCUGUACCAAGUACGUCUCCACUUUGCGGAAGUCUACCAGCCUGCACAAUCCGUUGGAUCCCGUCGAUUCAACGUCGAGAUUCAAGGCAGUCCCGUGCUGACGGACUUUGAUAUUUUUCUAGAGGCUGGUAGUUUUACAGCUCUGGUGCGAGAAUUUACUGUUUUGGUAGAUUCGGGUCAGCUUGCAAUCACCUUUGUCAAGGGACUUGCUGAGAACCCCAUGAUUACAGCAAUUGAAAUACGAGUAGCUCCGACAACGCCAAAUCCAACAGAUGUUCCGUCCUGGUUUCCAAGCAAUGCACCGAGUGAGACUCCCAGUAUCUCAUUCGAGCCAACGUCCCUGUCUAGCGCUCCAACCAGCGUCCCCUCGCUCGCUCCUAGUAUUCGGGGCGCACCAAUUUCGGUGUCGUCGAGUGCGUCACCGGUUGUGCCAUCGCAAUUCCCCAUUGAGUCCGGACCUGAGCCCUACCAACUGUUUAUAAACGUUGGUGGAACGGUUGACACACUGGAUGGACUAGGAAGACAAUGGGUUCGAGACCAGUACGGCACUCCAGCGCAAUCUUUCACUAUGCCAAAUAGCGCGAUUUCAAAUAUGGCAGCCUCGGGAAUGGAGACAAUCUAUAGACAACAGAAAUGGUUAAGUGGUGCGUUCACAUACACGAUCCCCGAUCUAAUCAGCGGCUCAUACUUAGUCAAGCUUCACUUUGUGGAGGGCUUUUCUGGGGCUUUCAAAGUUGGUGCCCGCAAGUUCAACGUCAUUUUACAAGGUACAACAGUUUUGGCUGAUUUUGACGUCUUCAAAGAAGCAGGUGGAAGCUAUGCUGCAGUGAGUCGACAGUUUGUUGCUGUCGUCAAUGCCGGCACAAUUGCAAUCACUUUCGCCAAGGGGGGCAGCAAUAACCCCACCGUCUCUGCAAUUGAGAUUCAGUCACUAUCCACGACGCAGGCCCCCAUGGGCCUACCGACAUCUAUCCCAUCUGGAGCGCCAACGCGUAUUGAUUCCGCUGCCGAGCCAGCAACCUUCGAAAUCUACGUCCGUGUCGCCAUCGGUCAAUCCAUCGAUCUCAUCUGGGCCAAGUACCAACAGCGUCUCUCCUUCAGCUGUCGGAUCAAUAUUGACACCGAAUACUGUGUCCGCGGCACCAACUACGACACCGAGCAUCCCAAGGUUUCCUUCACUGCAACCAAGCAAUAUCCCGAUUUCUUCACCCGAGUUUCAGAUGCGACGGACUCCCCCUAUUGUACCGGCAAGGUGUAUCGUGUUGGCGAUGAAAUUGCUGGCACGCAACUCGGUCAACAAGAAGUUUACCGAAGCCAACGCUGGGAAAAUGGUGCCAUGUCCUGCGUCGUGCCGAAUCUGAGCGCCGGAGCCUAUGAAGUACGACUACAUUUCUCUGAGAACUAUGGCCCAAACAUGAACGCAGGCCGCCGUUUGUUUGAUGUCUCGCUACAGGGACGGCUCGUACUGGGCAAUUUUGAUAUUUUUACUGAGGCCGGGCUUGGGCUAACCGCUGUCAUUCGUCAGUUUGACGUAUCGGUUGAUCAAACUGGGACUUUGACGGCCAUAUUUAGCAAAGGCAUGAUUGAGAAUCCGACGGUGUCUGCGAUUGAAAUCCUUUCAAUUCGUGAGCCGGCCAUCCAGAUGCCAAGUCUUUCGCCAAUUACCGCCGAUUCUUUCCCAAGCCAGGCUCCUUCUGAAGAAUUUUCUGCUUUGCCCUCUUCCCGUCCUUCUCUUUCCCCAAGUGCGGCUAUGAGUUUGUCCCCGACUGGAAGACCGUCGAAUGUCCCGGGUAACGGGGAUUCUUCGAUUGUUGAUUCAUCAGAGAUUCCCAGUGAAUCCCCCCCUACGAGUGCAUCGGCAUCUACGACCUCUCCCUUGUCAAACAGCUCCAGCGCUUUACCAUCUGAAACAGAAUCUCAUUUUCCAAGCGUUGCACCUUCCAAAAGCCGUGGCGCAUCUCCAGCAGUGAGCGAAUCUUACAUUCCAAGUGUGGUACCUUCCGAAAACCCCAGCGUAUCUCCAAUAGUGAGGGAAUCUUACAUUCCAAGUGUUGGACCUUCCGAGAGCCCUAACGGAUCGCCAUUUCGAAUGGAAUCUCACUUUCCAAGUGUGGUACCGUCCGAAGCCCCAAGCGUAUCUCCAGCAGUGAGUGAAUCUUUUAUUCCAAGUGUUGGACCUUCCAAUAGUCCUAGCGGAUCGCCGUCCGGAAUGGAAUCUCCGGUUCCAAGUGUUGGACCUUCCGAUAUUCCUAGCGGAUCGCCAUCCGUAAUGGACUCUCAGGUUCCAAGUGUUGCGCCUUCAAAAAACCCCAGUGUAUCUCCAUCAGUGAGCGAAUCUCACUUUCCAAGUGUCGCACCUUCCGAUAUUCCUAGCGGAUCGCCGUCCGGAGCGGAUUCUCUUUUACCGAGUGUUAUGCCUUCCAGCAGCCCCAGCGAAUCUCCAUCAGUGAGCACAAUUCCAAGUGUCGGACCUUCCGACAGCCCUACCGAAUCUUGAUCAAAUGUAAAAGAAUAGACUUGAAGAGAAGUUUAAAAAAGUCGCCGGUUGGCUUUUGACCAUCCAGUGUCAUUGCGUAUUGACAGUCGAUUCAUCGAAGGGCACCGUUUGGAACAGAUGACACUAUUUGUAUCUUAAAGACUACAUAAAAGCUGACAGUCAAUAGUUUGAGGAAUACCGACCCGUUGUUCUUCCCAUUGUCUACAAAAUGAUAUCUUCUUCAGUUCAUUCGUAUUUGUCCCCACUGUGACACUUUCUCUUCAGAUACAGUUGACAUUAUGUAAAGCCUGCAGAACAGAUUUGGUCGACUGGUCGACUUUUUAGCACAACUUGCCGUCAUCUCUAUCAAACGUGUUUUCUGAUUGAAAAGAAUCAGCUGGCGUGCAGGGCGUGCGUAAACAGCGCAAUUGCCAUUUUCACCUCUUCCGGCCAACAAACUAGCGCACUAUUUGAUAUGCCUAUCUACCACGCCUUUUUCGCUG